AUGUCUGCAUCACCGUCCCCCACGUCAUCGCCCUUCACCAAGGCCGUGGUGAGCUCCAUGAGGAAGCUCUACCCCGAAUCCCUCGCCGACAAAAGCUGGGAUAACACCGGCCUCCUCCUCGAAGCCCCCUUCAGCCCAACCCGACGCCAAAACAACUCCGUUCUGCUAGCCAUAGACCUCACAAAAGCCGUGGCAGACGAAGCCAUCGCGCGCAAAGCCUCCGCAAUCGUCGCCUACCACCCGAUCAUCUUCCGCGGCCUCAAAUCCCUCACCUUCACCGACCCGCAACAGCAAUCCCUCCUCCGCCUCGCCCAGGAAGGCAUCAGCGUCUACUCCCCGCACACAGCCGUCGACGCCACGCCCGGCGGCAUGGCCGACUGGCUCUGCGACAUUGUCACCGGCUCGAUCACCCCCUCCCCCUCUGCCUCUGCGAACACCAACACACCAACCCAGUCCUCCUUGAAGACCUACUCCGCCCCAUCCUACCCAACCCCGCACGCCGUAGCCCCGGCCGACGCGAGCUCAAUCCCGUCCCACACCAGAACAACCAUCCACCCCUCGCCGCCCCCGCUGCCCGAGAACAUGGAAACAGCCGGAAUGGGCCGUCUUGUCACCUUCGAUUCUCCGCAGCCACUAACCACUCUCGUCGAUAGAAUUGCCCAGGGUGUCGGUUUCCCCGGUGGCAUCCCCAUUGCGGUUCCGCAGGGGGUGUCCGUGGAUGAGAUUUCGAUUCGCACGGUGGGCGUUUGUCCCGGGUCCGGGUCGAGUGUGCUGAUGAAGGGGGCCAAUGUUCCUGAUUUGCUGUUUACCGGGGAGAUGAGCCAUCAUGAGGCGUUGGCGGCGAUUGAGCGCGGGAAGGUGGUUGUUGCGCUGGCGCAUUCGAAUACGGAGAGGGGUUAUUUGAGGGCGGUUAUGAGGGAGAAGUUGGAGGGCGUGCUUAAGGCGGAGUGGGAGGCUCAGCGCGCGGAGGCGUUGAAGACGGUGGCGGGUGGUGAGCAGGGGUUGGUGGAGGUUUUGAAGGAUGGGGCGUGUGAGGUGCAUGUUAGUGAGAGGGAUCGGGAUCCCUAUGGUAUCAUGGUUAGAAGGGUUUAG